ACAAACAAGCAAAAAAGAAGCAAACAUGAAAAGUAUAAUACAUAAAUGGCCUCAGGUUAUAUGAUUACUUGUUGAAUGACAUUGAAAACCCGUUACAGUAACGCGAGUUCGAGGUGUUCAACUGUACAGUGUAAAAUAGUGUGCACACAAUACUCUUACUUUUGCCUAAAUCACAAUCUUUACACACUUUUAUCAUUACAUACAAACGGUCCACCACACAUACGUUUAACAAUAAGGCAGCAAAACUUGUAGUAGAUCCAACCAAGUAUCAAAUUUUGAAUGAAAAGGUUUACUUAUUUUAUCAUUAAAAAAAGGAGCGAGUUAAAUUGUAAAAUUGUUCAAAUAUUAAUGGACAACUUUGAGUGUAAAGAUAACCAACUAUCACCAUUUUAAGACUAAAACGGCAAACAAAGCGCAAGUUGGUGAAUCGCUAUUUUCACUUGUCACCUUUCAAUAGAAAGUGAAUAGAUGAACAGCAUGAAAAAAGCGUUCAUUUCAUGUUUGGUUUUGAUUACGAUCGUGAAAUCCUUAAAAUUUACUGCCACCAGCAAAAAGAUUCAUCUUUAGACCCUUUCUGUAUUCCGAGAGCAACACCAACAAAACAGCAGAGCUGUAGCAAGUACGGUAAGCCUGGACCUAAUUGUCAUCAAAAUUUCAAUCAAGCUCAUCAUGUAAACAGCCUCAAGUCAACCAGGAAAAGAUUAUCAUCAUUUUGUUUUCUUGUCCAUCGAUCACCUCAGUAAUAGCCCUAGAUUUACUAUGCUUAAAAACAUAGGCUGGACCAGCAAUUUCCAUCAUGAAUAUUGUUUAAUAAAUUUCCAAGUCUCUUGUUGAUUCCAUGAAAACACUGGUAUCAAUUUCAGUAAUGGUUGUUCAUUCAAUGUGCUUCAAACUCAAUGAUUCAAGUUUUCUUUUCCAAUCAUCCUCUUUUCACUUUCUUUUUUGCGUCACCUCCUUCUUGGUCCAUUCAAUUUGAAUUGGUAAUUCAGUUUCCAUUUCUUUAUCAACUCAACUUAUCUUUUCUUCAACUACUGUAUUAGUGUUUCUCUGAGCGCCAAUGAAUACAGAUACAUUUUUUUUGCUGCAGCACACGACAAUAGCAUAUGAUUGAUCAUAAUAUUUCAAGUAAUUUGCCAAAAAUCCCUCCCAGCAGGCUAUCAGUGACGCCCUUUCCUUACGAAAUUUAUUCAUUGAGCCAUUUAAAUUGUGAAAUGUGAAUGUUUGUUUGUGCUGGUGUUGCAGUUACUUGAUCAUUGCUCACACAAUUUUUGAAACCAAUUGUUUUUGUUGCCACUUUUCCUCCGUUAACUGAUUCCAACUGGUGCUUUUUUGUUAUCAAUUGGUCAAUUUUUUGGUUGGAUUUAAAACCUUUUGUCUUUGACUCCAAGUGUAAUUGUGAAAGUGUUUACUUUUUUGUCUACUUCUCGGUCUUUUCAUGCAUAAUGAUACAAAAGAAAGAUUUCCAAUGAUUUAGAAGUGAUGAAAAAACUUCGACAUUGCACCAACUCUACUCAGGUUUCACCUCCAAAGGUUUCUCUUGUGCAAAUUAUAGAAUCGCCAAAUUAAUGUUUUCAUCUGAUUCAACCAAUUUUAAUCCGUUCCUUUCUGUCCUGUGUUGUUGAUUAAUCGAUAUUUUCCAUCACAUUCCUUUGCAAAUUUACUUUGAAAAUAACCAACAAACGUACACAAUUUACUCUACUGUGAACAACUCCAUCAAUUGCUGCAAGUUUACUGUGUUAACAUCACUUUGUUUAAUUUUGUUUACUUUCUACCAAAUUAUCCAGUGUGUCCAUGGUUAAUUGUGUGUUUUAAAUUUUGAUCAAAAUGAAAAAUACCAACGAAAAUGCCACUAAUGGUUACAAUGUAUACAAGAUGAAUGAUCUCUCUAACUCGAUAAUAACCAAACCAAACUGGUGGCAUCGACGAACCCGACUCGAAAGACGGUUAAUUUCACUAUUUAUCGGUUUAACCAUUUUCAUCUUAUCCGGGAUAAUUACAUUAACAAUCUUCAUAGUUGCCAAGGAUGCCAAGGAUGCCGACGAUUUAAAGUAUUUAUCAAGCUCAUCCAAUGAACAGUAUUGUUUAACUCCAGGCUGUGUUAAAGCAGCCGCUCGUAUUUUGGAUAAUCUUGAUACAAGUGUAUCUCCUUGUGAUGAUUUUUACGAUUUUGCAUGUGGAGGUUGGAUUAAAAAGAAAUUCAUCAGUGAAGACCAGACAGGAAUUACUCAGUUUGGUGCUAUACGAGAUGACCUCAACAGAAAAUUGCGAGAAUUGGUCGAAAACGAUGGAGACAAUUCAAACGAAGCAAUCUAUUUCAAGAUGAUGAGGACUGUUUACAAACAAUGCAUGAAUCUGAGUGAAAUCAAUGAACAAUCAAAGGGUGAAGUGAUUAAGGAUAUUGUUGAUCUUGGUGGCUGGCCAUUAAUUGAAGGACCUACAUGGAGGGAAGCUGAAUUUGAUUGGAUUGAAGCACUAAAAAAGAUGAGAGCUAAAGGAUAUGACCAUAACAUUUUCCUCUCGAUUUAUGUUUCACCUGAUGUUAAAAAUAAUAGUCGACACAUAAUUGAGAUUGAUCAAGCCUACCUUGGAGUUCCUGAUCGUAAAUAUCUUCUCAAAGGAAUGAAUGAUUCUACUGUUAAAGCAUAUUACAAGGCAAUCGUUGAUUCGGCUUCUUACAUUGGACAAAACUCCAAGGAAGCAAUCGAAAAAGGUGCCAGUGAAAUAAUCGAUUUUGAAACACAAUUAGCCAAGUAUUCUUUACCCAGUGAGGAACGACGUAAUUUCACCAAAAUGUAUCAUAAAAUUCAACUUAUUGAUCUUAAAAGAAUUGGUCCAAAUAUAGAUUGGCCCAACAUUGUUCGGAGUAUGAUGGUUGUUAAUGUUUCAGAUAAUGAAGAAAUUAAUGUGAAAGUUCCUCGAUUUUUACGAUCUGUUGAUACUCUCAUUGCUAAUACUGAUAAAAGAAUCCUUGCCAAUUACAUGAUAUGGAGAGCUGUUUUCUCUGCUUUACCAUCUGCUGAAGAACCUUUGCGUAAAAUAUCGGAAGCAUAUUCACGAGUAAUCUCAGGUCGAAAAACCGAAAAGCCUCGCUGGGACACUUGUAUGAAAAGACUUUAUUCAAGUUUUGGAACACCUUUGUCUGCUUUAUAUGUUUCCCGUAAUUUUGAUGAAAAAAGUAGGAAACAAGCAGCAUCAAUGGUUGAUUAUAUUAGAGGCCAAUUUAUUGCAUCUCUUAAAAAAAUUGAUUGGAUGGAUGAAGCAACUCGCGCAAAGGCUAUUGAAAAGGCAGAAGAAAUGUUUGUUCAAAUUGGUUAUCCACCAGAACUAUUGGAUGAAUCUAAAGUCAUGUCAAUCUAUGAAGGUAUAAAUAUUUCAGAUGAUACUAAAUACUAUCACAAUGUUCAGAAGCUUCGUAAAUUUUGGACUGAUUAUGGGCUGCAGAAAUUGAGAGAGCCUUUAAUCAAAGACGAUUGGAAACGUUUUUCUGAGGCAGCGACUGUGAACGCAUUCAACAAUUUCAUUGAAAACAGCAUUAAAUUUCCAGCUGGAAUCCUUCAAGGAGUAUUUUAUGAUAGAGAAAGGCCAAAUUAUCUGAAUUACGGCGGUAUUGGAUAUAUCAUUGGACAUGAGAUAACACAUGGUUUCGAUGAUCGAGGUCGACAAUUUGAUAAAAAUGGAAAUAAUCGUAAUUGGUGGGAACCUGAAACUGAGAAAAACUUUGCCUCUCGAGUUCGCUGUAUAAUUGAACAAUAUGGUAAUUAUACAGUUGAUGAAGUUAAAGAGAAGGUCAAUGGUAUCAAUACUCAAGGUGAAAAUAUUGCUGAUAAUGGUGGACUUAAACAAGCUUAUUUGGGUUAUCUUAAAUACAUCGAAGACAAUGGUCCUGAGCCUUUACUUCCAGGAGUUUCAAUGAACCAGCAACAACUAUUUUGGAUAGGAGCUGCCAAUAUUUGGUGCUCUAAAUUAAGGCCACAAUCAAUGAAAUUAAGAAUUGCCACUGGAGUUCACAGUCCCGCAAAAUUCAGAGUUAAUGGUCCACUGUCAAACAUGGAGCAUUUCUCGGAAACUUUCAACUGUCCAAAAGGAUCUCCUAUGAAUCCGGAAAGAAAAUGUAACGUUUGGUGAUUUAAUGGGGAUUUCACUAUGAAAGUGAUUAAAUUGCAUUGGAAUAUCGGUUUGGUGAUUGAAUUAAAAUUAUGAUUAUAAAUAUUACUAUUAUUUUGGCUUUUAAUAGUCAUUAUACAUUAUGAUAAACGAGAAUAAUACUAAAAAAUCAAAACAUUAUUCAAUCAUAAAGCUUUAACUAUUAGACAUUCCUAGAUAUGUAUUUCUGUAAAAAGACUCAUUUGUUGACAUUUAUGUAUUUAUUUUGAUAUUGGAGAAUCAAUUUUCUCCAAAAUUUGGAUCUAAUUUAAUCAAUUUCUGAAUCAUUUAUUAUAGAAUAAAAAUGGUUGUUAUUUAA